AUGAACUCCUAUUUUUGGUGGUACCGCAUAGAUGAUGAUUUAUGCAUAGAGUAUGCGGAGAUGAGACUUGGCAGAUAGGCCAAGAUUUUUUGGGAAAAUGAGAGCUACGCGGCACACUGACGAAGGCAGCCCAUCACAUCAUAGGUUGAUAUGGCAUCACGCUUAAGGAACAAAUAUGUCCCUCAGUAG